AUGCAACUAUUUACUACUAGGGAAGUAGGCAUAUGGGUAGCUGGUACAGCCGGAUCGGUAGGUAUAUGCGCGACCAGUGUAGCCAGGCCUAGUGGUUUCAAAUCCCCACCUCAAGACGUAAUACCCGACAUCAGCCCUCCAUCUUCUCCAUCAUCCCCCUGCCUUGCUCUACCAACCCCGCACAAACCAAAACACUCACACCCACUCUCCUCCUCUUCCUCCUCCUCCUCCUCUUCCACCAAAAACGCAACUUCAUAUUCCCGAGCAAAUGCCCGUAGCGCUUCGCUUACUACCCCAUUCUCCUCUUCCUCUUCCUCUUCCUCUUCCUCUUCCUCUUCCUCACCACCACCAUCAUCAUUAUCAUCAUUCUUAUCCCCAUACAACCACGCGACAAACGCCUCAAAUGUGCGCACCUCUACAUUUUCAAACUUCAAAAUGCGAUCUCAGUGGAUAUUUAGGCGGGCCGCACGCGAUAAUAAGUGGCGGAGGAGAGGGGAGCAUGCUGCGAGUUUUUCUUCGUGGACGGGGAUGCGUGUGGGUGGGUGGCUGAUCAUGCAGUUUACGAUGUUGUAG